AACUGUGUAGUGCACCUUUAAAAGUUAAAGAUGAUGUUGUUCGAUUCAGACAGAAAAAAGAAAUGAAUAAGCUUCAGUACAGUUGAAACCUGAACAUGCAACAAUAAUAUAUGAAUACAAAUUAAAUUCCCUCACAUGCUUGUUGAACAGGUUGGAUAAAGUGGCCAGACUCUUUCCUCUGGAUGUGUUAAAAGAUGGAGGAAGUGACGUUCUUUCGCAUUGGAUUUUAUUUUGAAAGUCGUGACCGGAUGCCAGGGUUUUGCAUUGUGUGUGUUGACUCUUUAAAGCUGCCUCCUGCUCUCCUCUGCAGGGACAGUUGAGCUGUGGUCGUCCUGCUCGUCGUGUGGAAGCAGCAGCAGCUCUUCAGACUGAGCUCAGAUCAUUUCUGCCCGAUCAACAUCUGUCAACAUCUUCACUGCAAGACAGUCCGGCCUCCUGAGACCCUCACAGACAAGUGUUUGUUUUCCCCUUCUGGAUGUCAGCCGGUGCAGCCUGAGGAUGGAGAAGUACGAGAAGAUCGGAAAGAUCGGAGAGGGCUCCUACGGCGUCGUCUUCAAGUGCCGAAACAAAGACACGGGACAGAUCGUCGCCAUCAAGAAGUUUGUGGAGUCGGAGGACGACCCCAUCAUCAAGAAGAUCGCACUGCGGGAGAUCAGGAUGCUCAAGCAACUGAAACACGCCAACCUGGUGAAUCUGAUCGAGGUGUUCCGGCGCAAGCGGAAGCUCCACCUGGUGUUCGAGUACUGCGACCACACGGUCCUCAACGAGCUGGACCGCCAUCCCAGAGGUGUUCCUGAGCACCUUGUGAGAAGUAUAACCUGGCAGACGCUUCAAGCUGUCAACUUCUGUCACAAACAAAAUUGCAUCCACCGAGACGUCAAGCCGGAGAAUAUCCUCAUCACCAAACACCAAGUCAUCAAACUCUGUGACUUUGGGUUCGCCAGGAUUCUCACUGGUCCCUGUGACUACUACACAGACUACGUGGCGACCCGUUGGUACCGGGCCCCCGAGCUGCUGGUGGGAGACACUCAGUACGGACCUCCGGUGGACGUGUGGGCGAUCGGUUGCGUGUUCGCUGAGCUGCUGUCGGGGAUCCCUCUGUGGCCCGGGAAGUCUGACAUGGACCAGCUGUACCUGAUCAGGAAGACUCUCGGAGAUCUGAUCCCUCGACACCAGCAGGUCUUCAGCAACAACCAGUUCUUCUGUGGAGUUUCCGUCCCAGAGCCACAAGAGAUGGAACCUUUGGAGCAGAAAUAUCCAAAUCUGUCACAUCAAGCUCUGAGUCUCAUGAAGGGCUGUCUGAGGAUGGACCCGUCCGAGCGGCUGACCUGUGAGCAGCUCCUCCAGCACCCGUACUUCGACAGCCUGCGAGAGAAGAGCCAGAGCACGUCUCGAGAGCAGGAACGCUCCAGCAACAAGAGGACGCGUCUAACUCGCAAACACCUUCCUCCCGGGUAUUUGCCACAGCUGACCAGCAGCAGCAUCUUUCCAGCCGUGGACAACAAGAGGUACUACAACAACCUGCGCAAGUUCAACUAUCACCUGCCGAACAUCUAAACUCGCUGCUCACCAGCUGAAUCCAACAUCUUCGACCAGCAGCAUUUUCUGAAAAACUCAGGCAAUGAAGCAGAUUCUGGCAGCACAACAUUGUCUGUUUUUUUUUAUUUUUAUUUUUUUAAAGAGGAUUCAACCACUUUUUAAAGUUGUGUUCACUGCGUGGGGCGUGUCGGCUGUAGAUAUAGAAGUCAGUCUAUGCACUAUUUCCCAACAUGUGGGCUCAGACAUGUUGGUUUACGUAUGUUGCCUACAUUUCACAUGUUGCAUUUUGUAUAGUUUGUAAAGACAAGGAGCGACGUGCCGCUCUGCUCGUAGUCGCUGAGCAGCCUGAAGGUAAAAAAUGAUGCCUGGUUUGCCAAAUGUAGUUUUUUAUAUGACGAUGGACUCUGUUGGAGUGACAUGUUUUUGUUAGGGAGUUUUAAAUGUUUAAUUGUCUUGAGUAAGUUAAAAUGUAGGACAAGAACUUUGACUUUUUUUGUCAUGACUUUCUGAAAAUAUUUAUUGACUUCAGGAGUGAAUACAGCCGUAAACAUUCACAUAUUUACAAGCAGAUAGCAGUAAAAACACCACAUUGUACUCAUUAUCUCUGGAACCUUGGUGCUAAGGAUGUUCGGAGCCAUCCGUCUGUCCUCAGAUGUUGUACAAAUGCCAAACUAAUCGAAAGAGAAAUUAUGUGACUUCACAACCUUUUUUUUUCUGUGUACCCACAUAUGGAGUAACCUUUAUUACCUUGAAUGUUGAGAAUAUAAUAAACUAAAGCAUAGUUCC